UGUCAUGGCGCCGUGCAUCAUCAUCAUCAUGCAGUGUCAGAGACAGCACUAGCUCAAAACAAUCUGUAAUGACUCUCCGGUUUCCCGUUAAUAUCUGAUUAAACGUCCGAGGAAUAAUAAGUUCAGGAUGGCAGACUCAGGUGACCCCGGCGGUCAACGUGCGCCGACUCCUGGAGGAAGCGGUAAUAUAGGACUGCUGAUGGGCCGUCGACAACCAGCCGGCCUCUCUCCUGGACGUCUCCCUUCAAUGCGAUCAAGAGACCUCACCCUGGGGGGAGUGAAGAAGAAAACAUUUACACCCAACAUUAUUGGCAGAAAAGUUAAAGAAGAAGCAAAAGUUGACGUUGGGCAGAGGAGAGACAGGAAGGAUGCAGACCGAGGUCGAGGGCGUGGAGAUCGAGGCAGGGGCCGAGGUCGCGGGGAGGUCAUCCAGUCCCACUCUAUUUUUGAACAGGGGCCUGCAGAGAUGAUGAUGAAGAAGAGAGGUGGCUAUGAAAGUGAGAGAGAGGCUCCUAGCAUGGGACCUUCACCCAUCAUUAAUAUUAAAAAGGAGAAGAGGGAGACUGAGGAGGAGACCAAAGAGAUUCUGCGCAAGCUGGAACGAGACAAUUUUAUAGACGACCCUUUCCUGAGGAGUGAGCAGAGGAGCUGCCCUGUUCAGCUUCCCCUCGCCGUGUCCGGAUGGGGAUUUAAGGAGGAAUUUAGUGAUGAUGCUGUUAAAAUUGAGAAAACAGAUGAGGAUUGUGAACCCAUGGAGCCUGCAGUUGAAGUGAAAAAAGAGCCAGAAGAAAUGGAGAUAAAGAAGACAGAGGCGACUUUCAGGCCUCCUCCGCUCCCUGAGCCUGAAGUUCUUCCUGACCUGCUGCACAAAUGGAGUCUGAGCAAAGGCGAGGAGCUGUUCUUUGUUCAGCUGCCUGACUCGCUGCCCGGCCAGCCUCCCACCAAAGAGCACAGACCGGUGAAAACUGAAGUGCAGUCAGAGGAUGGGCAGUCUGUGCUUCUGAAAACAGAGUCUCAGGAGGAAGAAGCUGAAGAGAACAGCUGCAAUCUAAAAGAUCUGCGGGAGGGCGUCAUAGGAAAGAUGCUGGUGCGGAAGUCUGGCCGUGUGCAGCUCAUACUGGGACACGUGACGCUUGAUGUGUCUCUAGGAACGUCAUGCUCUUUCUUUCAGGAACUGGUCUCUAUUGGCACAGAAGGAAAAACCGGCAACUUGACUGUGUUAGGGAAUGUCAAACACAAGAUGGUUUGCUCCCCAGACUUUGAGGCUCUGCUGGAGAGCAGCGCUUGACACUCACUGGAGGACUGAGCCUCCUCGAGCCUGACAGACGGAUGCACUGACAAAAUGUUCUCAGCUGCCUCUUUAGAACUUGACAUCUAAAAGAAAUAUGGUGGAGAUUGAUUAUUUUCAGAGUGGCUAUAAUAACAUUUAAAUACACUAUCUAUAAAUACAAAACAGAAGUGAGGUUUAUUUUCAUCCGGUGUAAUAAGGUUUAUUAACUCUUCCUUAAAGCUUGAACGCUGUGCCAAGUAUCAGUACUGUUUCUGCUUCUCUAUAUCUGAAAUUACUUGACAAGACUGUACAUGGAUGUAAAUGUGUGAAUAAAAAAACAUUUUUUGUUACUCCA